AUGGGGGGCUCGGGCAGCCACCUGCCGCGGGACCUGCUGAGCGAGUACCAGGAGCUGACCUUCCUGAGCAAGCAGGAGAUCCUACUCGCUCACCGGCGAUUCAGCGAGCUGCUGCCCAAGGAGGAGCGGGAGCGCGCUUUGCUGACCAGGCUCCCCCGGAGCAAGAUGCUGAUGCUGCCCGAGCUGCGGGCAAAUCCCUUCGGCCAUCGGAUCUGCCGCGUCUUCUCUACGGCCGCCGACGGGGGAGGCAGCCUGUCCUUUGAGGACUUCCUGGAUAUGUUGAGCGUCUUCAGUGACGCCGCCUCACCAGAAAUCAAGUCACACUAUGCCUUCCGGAUCUUUGAUUUUGAUGACGACGGGACGCUGGACAAGAAGGACCUGGAGAAUCUGGUGAACUGCCUGACAGGGGAAGGAGAACAAAGCCGGCUCAGCCCUGUGGAGAUGGACCAGCUCAUCCAGAACAUCCUGGAAGAGUCAGAUAUCGACAAGGACGGGACCAUCAACCUCUCAGAGUUUCAGCAUAUCAUUUCACGCUCACCUGACUUCCCCAGCUCCUUUAAAAUUGUGCUGUGA